AAUACCAAUUCCUCAUCCCCACUGCCGUCUACCAGAAUGCGACGGCCACCUACAACCAGACCUUGACCCGUUAGCCAUCUCCAAGCUCAGUAGCUCCCUUCCCUUCGCCAUGUCUAGCAUGUACGCCUACGGCGCAGGCGUGCCACGGUCAUAUGUCACACCCCAAUUUCCCGCCUUGUACUGGCCCAUCCGCGCCCUCCCAGGCCAGUCGAAAUACCUCUACUACCUCUCGGACAUCUACCGCUACACUCUGUACUGGUCGCUCAUCACCAUUGUUUCUGCGCACAUCUGCGUGGCAGGUUGGGCUGUGCUCAUGCAAUUUAACUCGGCGUCACAACGAAGGAAGUUUCUCGCCUCGCCGGUGGGCAAGAACCUGAGUACAAAAACUAGGAGAUUGCUUGGGGACAAUCCCAUUGGUGAAACGCUUGGAUGGGUUUGGAUCGUGCCUAUUGUCUACAUCGUUCUAGGAGGGUUAGAGGCUCUGUUGGCUGGGACCAUGGUUGGCUUAGUCCUGGGCGCGGUUUACAACGCGGGAUACUUUGCCAUGAGCACAUGGACACCCUUGCUCUGGGGCAUUAUCAACAUGCUUGUCCUGGUCGUGAGCAGUUUCAGAAUACAAGGUGGCCUGUGAAUCCUCAUAACUAUGACAUUAAUGGAUCAAUUCACAUCCGGUCAUUGCUUUCUUAAACUAUGGAUCAGGUCAUGUACACGAUAAGAUCAACUUUAACUGGUGGAUCUAUGUGACUUGACCUCACCUCCGCACAUGAACACGAUGUAUGAGGAACUUACAAGGUCAGCUCGGCGAGGUCAUUUCAAGCUCGACAUCUAGAAGCUGAGAGCUCAGCGGACACUAGGCUCGAGGCUAGGGGAGCCAGUACACUUCGGCAAGCGGUUGCACAGGCAAGUCUGCGACUCAUGUUGAUCUCGAGUAGUAAGUUUAAAUGAGUGACUUCGAAGGAGGUAAAGGGCAUUCG